AUGAAAAUUUUUGAAUAGAGUUUUGGCAAAUAAGAAGGUUUUCAAAAUACUGCUUAAUUCUUUAAUCCAUUUAAUGGAAAAAAGAAUGAAUAAUUUUAAAAAAGAAAGCGGGAAAACUCUUUACCCUAACAGAAUCUCGAGGCUAUAAAAUCAAUAUUAUCUAAAACCAAAAUACUUCAAAAAAAUGUACACUGUAGAAAAAUGACUAUGUAUUCAACAAAUGAUUACAAACAAGAGCAUCAAUACAGUCAUCAAAGCACUAAAUAAAGCACCCAAUAAAGCACAUAAAAUUCUCAAGAUUUUAGCAAUAAUAUUCCUAAAAUUCAAAAUUUGAACAUCAAACAUUCACUUAAUUCUUUUAGUAUUUAAAACUACAAAUCUAGUUAUCAUAUUAGAAUGCCCAUACUAAAAGAAUAUAGUAGUAAGGCAUCUCAAAAAUUAGAAAAUAAUUCUGGACUUAGCAAAGUUUCUAAUAGUUUAGAAGGGAAGAAAUAUAUAAUUAAAGUGAAGGAUCCUUUUGAAGAAGUAAAAUAAUUACCUACAAAACCAGUAAGAAAAUAUUCUUCGAAAUCUUUCGUAAAUUAAAAAGCUCAAAUUAAAUUGGUAAAUAGAAUAUUUUCUUCAAGAUCAGACAGCUUAUAAGAAUGA